AACAGGCUGGGAGCUGAAGGAGGAGCCAGGGGAAGCGGCGCCUCGGCUGAGAGGCCGGGCAGACCCUGCAGAGGCCCCCCAGCCUCGCUGGCUCCGCCCCCCGCACCCCCCUCCCGGGUGGUAGAAAUAGAGCCACGGCCCCGGCCGCCGCCCGCUGAGCUCCGACCCGGCGGAUACGCGACCGCCCAAACCCGGCAGACCGACCUUGCCGCGCUCCUCGCCAAUGGCUGACGAACUCUUUCAGCGCAAACCCUGGGACCCCGACGCUGACUCCGAAGGCCUGUUUGACAAGCCUCCGCCGGAAGAGCCCCCAGCUGUCCGCGCACCCAAGUCGGCGUCGGCCGCGGGCAAGAAGGCUGGUCGGCGCGCCGGCGGGAGGGCGCAGGGGGGCCGCGCCGGGCAGCCCCCGAAGGCCGCUGCGCGCCCCCCGCCCAAGGAGGAGGCGCCUCUAAUGGACGAGGGCUGCUAUCUCGACCAUUUUCCUCACCUUUCCAUCUUCAUCUACGCGGCCAUCGCCUUCUCCAUCACCUCCUGCAUCUUUACUUACAUCCAUUUACAGCUUGCCUGAGGGGCUACGGCGGGGCGGGGUGGGCGCAGGGACGAGGAGGGAGGGAAGGGAAAAGAAGGGCUUGGUAUUUUGUGUUUGGAGACGCGCCGCACCUCCUUCAUCUAGCUUUUGAUGCUCGUUUCUUCUCUGCUUGUCACUACCUUUGUCUGACUGUCCAUUGAAUAGGGACGUCCAAAGCAGCUGCCGGUAAUGAAAUAAGGGUCUGCUGGCGCCUGGAGAUUAGGGGAAGGGGCACAGUCAGCCCCCAAUGUUUAGAAUCUCGGCGUGAGGUUGAAUCCCGUUUAUAAUGAGGAUAAUGUCCCUGGACCCUACCACUUUGUGAUGGUAGGGUCCCAUCGUUUUGUGUUUGGGGCGCGCACAGCGAGCCCAACUUUUCUGUCCUUUAAGGGAUGAGCCAGACCCGAGCCUGCAGCCUUCCAAAGAAGGCCCCGCGGGCAGGGUCGGCGCCCAGGCCCGGGCUGGGCCGGAGCCCUGUGAUGCUGCAUCGCCCCAGGAGGAGCCAGCUGUGCCCCCGAGCUGGCGCAGACAGAGCUCGGAGCGCGGGAGCUGGCCGACCUGAGUGCGCAACGGACGCCGCCGGAGCGCAAGACGCGGCUUGGCUGCCGCUGUGGAGCCGAGCCAAGCCCGGUUGCCGGAGGAGCUGUCCUGAUGGGAAGCCACGCAACCGUCAUUUCCUGGACGGCGCGGGACCGGAGGCUGCGGGCCUCCUGAGACGCAUGCCCGUAGCUCGCGCGCUGCGCGUGAUGAGACUUUGGAGCCCUGGCUGGGGUCUACCGAAGGGCUGUCUUUGGGGACUGCAGGGCGGCUUCCUGCUGGACCGGAGCCCUUCCCAGAGCUAAGGGACCCAAGACGAGGGGCGUGGGGGAAUCUGUCAUUGACAAAAAUUCAUGCUGGAAAAUUACCUGACCCCUAGGGGUUUGUCAUCUCAGACCCAAAAGGCCUACUACCAAAACCCACCUUGGCAGGUUAUUCACCCACCUGCCGUCUCUGUUUACUCCUGAAUGUUUAAUGUCAAAACGUAGCGCUCUCAUACUGCAUAUACUUUACUUGGAAAUGUCUGUAAUUAUGGUACCUCUGAUGGAAUAAAUCCCUCUUUUUCAGUGUC